AUGAGUACAUUAUCUACAAUGAUAGUGUAUGUGAAAUCAUCAAUUUCUUAUGAAGAUCCAGUAUUCAUAUUUUUGGAACUUGUAGAAUUAAGACUACAAACAGCUCUAAAUAUAACCAAUCAACUUAUUGAAUGUUUAAACAAAUCUGGUUUUAAUGAUGAAUUUUUAAAAACAAACUGGAUAUCAUUUGUGAGUGAUGGAGCUAGUGUACUCGUCGGUAAAAAAGCUGGAGUGGCAAAAUUACUUAAAGAUAAAUACCCUUUAAUUUUUAACUGGCAUUGCCUAAAUCAUCGUUUAGAAUGUCAAUGA